AAAAACUUCAUGCAAUCUAGUGAUGAUGUUGCUGUUUUAUGUUUUUGUUUUGUUUUUGCAACGUUGGUAAAGAAAUAGUAAUGGGGCCUACGGCCAUGGCGUCAACAGAUCAGCAGCAACAAUAACAAAAAAGCAUUGCGACAUCACCUUUUUCCACCGAAGAGGAUGAUAUGGACCUGAACCAAGUAAGCCUUACCAUUGUUUUGGAAAUUUUCUCCUGCCUGGGUUGUGCGACAGUGAUUGCUGGUGUGAACCUUCUCCCAGCCAAAUUGAGGAGAGCGAGAGAGAGCUUCACAACAAAUAGAAGAAGUCACCGUCUCAAACUCAUCCAAGUCCCAAAUAACAGCUGUUUUGGUAUUUGUAUGCAUGCCACUGCAAAUGAAUUUGGAGCUGUUGUAGACAAACUCUGGCUAACAGAGGUGAACUCCAUCAGUUUUGGUAUAAAUGGAUGAUGCGGCAGCUGGAGACCGCCAGUAAACCAUUCGAUUUAGUUUAAUAAACAACAAUAAAAAAAAGUCGCAACCUCAAUCGCGAAUCAGAACUUUCCAUCUUUUCCAACCCCCUAUCUUUUGCUUACAACAACCACAGUUUUUGGUCGGUCUGACGGAGUAGUUCGGAGCACCGCAGACAAAGGAUUACCAUUGAUUGCAUCAAGUCUGUGUAGAAAAGAGUUACGUUACAUAACAAUUUAAUUGUUCUAUCGAAAGUUCGAGGAAACCCUACAGGCCAAAAUGAAGGCAUUUAUUUUAAUGUCAUGCCUGGCUCUGGCUGCCGCUAGACCAGAAGCUGGUUAUGCAUACAACAGACCAGGUGGAAGUGGAGGUGGUGGUGGCGGCGGUUUCGGUGGAAGCUCCGGAGGUGGCGGAUUUGGUGGUGGAGGUUUCGGCGGUGGUGGUUCCGGAGGCUUUGGUGGUGGUAGCUCCGUAGGUUUUGGAGGUGGUGGCUCCGGAGGAUUCGGAGGUGGUUCUAGUGGAGGUGGUGGUUUUGGAGGUGGCGGAUUUGGUGGUGGAUCUGGUGGCGGUUUUGGCGGUGGUUCUGGCGGAGGUUUUGGUGGCGGAUCCGGUGGUGGUUUUGGCGGCGGUGGCUCAAUUGGCGGUUUUGGUGGAGGCGGCGGCGGUGGCACUACCUUGGUACAAAAACACAUCUAUGUCCAUGUUCCUCCACCAGAGCCCGAGGAGUCUCGUCCUCGUCCCAACAUCCCUGUUGGUCAAGCCCAAAAACACUACAAGAUCAUUUUCAUCAAGGCUCCAUCACCUCCAUCUUACCAAGCUCCAGUCAUACCAGUGCAGCCACAGAACGAAGAGAAGACCUUGGUUUACGUAUUGGUUAAGAAACCCGACGACCAACAAGAUAUUGUUAUUCCAACUCCUGCUCCAACUCAGCCUUCCAAACCCGAAGUCUACUUCAUCAAAUACAAGACCCAAAAGGAUGGCGGCAGUGGUGGUGGAUCCGGUGGUUAUGAUUCUGGCAGUGGCGGUAUUGGAGGUGGUAGUGGAGGUGGUGGCAGCGGUGGCUACGAUUUGGGUGGUGGCUCUGGCGGCGGCAGUGGUGGCGGUGCUCCAUCAACCAACUACGGUCCUCCUGGUAAAUCUGGUCCUUACUAAAAACGAUCAGAUACAGACCAAGGCGGAGUAAAAAAUUAGCACUCAUAUGACCACUGACAUGUUGUUUGAAAAGAACCAAUCGACAUUAACGCUAUCUACUACUAGUCCUACUAGAAAACACAACCAUUUUUGCAUCUAGACCAUUCAAAAAUCAAAUGAUUGACUUUUGACUUCUCGGACGAGACCAACAAUCCAAUUCAAUGACGCUGUGACUUUUUCCAAAAUAUAAUUAACGAAAAUAGGACGUCCAGUUCUUAAGAAAGGUUCCAACGAACAGUUGGAAAAGUGGACUUCUCCCACGAACCUGAGAACGCAAUGAAUGAAAAGAACAAAGUACACAUGAAGAUCUGUGGUUAUCCUGCUCAUCGCAAAAAAAAAGAAAACAAUACUCAUCCUCUUGUAUAUAAGCCAUGUUUUAUUCUAUAUCCUCAACUUGUGAUCAUCUGUCUAUAUCGCUCUCUGUAUAGUUCUCUUUGGGCUGACUAUGGUCCGAACUGUGACACUAUCCUGUCCAUCUAUUGUUGUUAGUUUAAGGAUGUCUGCUUUGGAGAUUUAAUUCAAGAGUUAAGUUUUAAUUUUUUGUUAAUAUUAUUUUUUAUGUUUUGUUUUUAACGAAAUCUCCCAGGUGGGCGCGUUAUGUUAAAUUGUUUAUUAAUUAAUUGUAUUAAUUUGUUAAGUACUUUUAUUAUGCACAAUAAAAACGACGGUGACAAAAUUUGAAAAAACAAA